UGUAACGGAUUGGAUACCCGGAGCAGGGAGGGACGCUACGGGGAUUUCUUCUCUUUUCUCUCCCGGACAACCACCACCACCACCACCACCACCGUCUUCCUCACCACCACCCCCUCUCGUCUUCAUCACGACAGCUGUCUGUCAUCUCUCUUUUUGGCCCCUCGUGGGGGUUUCCAUCACUGGAUGUUGGUGGACAUCUGAUGACAGAAGCCGGACUUGUUGAGAGAAGUGAUCGUCCGCGGCGGGCUUGUAUGUAUUGGGGGAAUUUCCUUGGAGCGGCGGACUGCGCACGGAGCCUCUCACUUCCACGGCUGAUCUGUGUCGCCGUCCACAGGAGAAAACCUCAACGUGCCCGACACCAGUAAUGAGCUAAAGGCCCUGAGGUCAGAGGACAGAGGGAGUGUCGUAACCGUCAGCGAGGAGAGAAAGAAGGGAAGCGAAGGAGAAGAAGACCCGGGGAACGCCGGCGACGGGCCUCCUCCUCAGAUCGAGAACUAGGACGUUCGCCACAGAAAACAACGUUUUCGGCGUCGGGAAACAGGGAUCAUCGCCUCAGUGGAGGCGGAGCUCCGCUGGGAGGGGCGGCGAGAUGGCGAUUCUGCCGAUGAAGAGGCGGGGCCUCGGGCCGCUGAGGGCCUUCCUGGUGCUGCUGGGAAUCUCAGCACUCUGCGGCGCGGCGUUGGGAACCCGGAGAGGAAACGCGUCCCUGGACCAGAGGGGCCACAGACACAGACAUCCAGGUCAUGUGUCGCUGCACCGGCACCGGCAGAGGGACGGGAAGGAGGGGCAGGUUCUGCACAGGUCCAAACGAGGAUGGGUCUGGAAUCAGUUCUUCGUCAUUGAGGAGUACAGCGGGCCGGACCCGGUUCUGGUGGGCAGGCUCCACUCGGACGUCGACUCGGGCGUCGGCAGCAUCAAGUACAUCCUGUCGGGCGAAGGCGCGGGAACCAUCUUCGUCAUCGACGACAAGACGGGCAACAUCCACGCCACCAAGACGCUGGACCGCGAGGAGCAGGCCCAGUACACGCUGACGGCCCAGGCCGUGAACCGGGACACCAACAAGCCGCUGGAGCCGCCGUCCGAGUUCAUCGUGAAGGUCCAGGACAUCAACGACAACCCGCCCGAGUUCCUCCACGGGCCGUACUACGCCAGGGUGCCCGAGAUGUCCAACGUCGGUACGUCGGUGAUGCAGGUCACGGCGACGGACGCCGACGACCCGACCUACGGCAACAGCGCCAGGCUGGUGUACAGCAUCCUGCAAGGACAGCCGUACUUCUCCGUGGAGUCUCAGACGGGCAUCAUCCGGACGGCCUUGCCCAACAUGGACCGCGAGGCCCGGCAGGAGUACGACGUCCUGAUCCAGGCCAAAGACAUGGGCGGCCACAUGGGGGGGCUGUCGGGCACCACGCAGGUCAAGAUCACGCUCACCGACGUCAACGACAACCCGCCCAAGUUCCCCCAGAGUGUGUACUCCAUGUCGGUGUCGGAGGACAAGGUCCCCGGCGAGGAGGUGGGCCGCCUCAAGGCCAAGGACCCCGACCUGGGGGACAACGGCAUGGUGACCUACCGCCUGGUGGACGGAGACGGGCUGGGCCUCUUCGAGCUGAGCACCGACUCCGAGACCCGGGAGGCCGUCAUCAAGCUGAAGAAGCAUGUGGACUUUGAGACUAAGAGGUCAUACACGUUGAAGGUCGAGGGGUCAAACCCUUACAUCGACCCCCAGUACAUCGCUUGGGGCCCCUAUAGGGACCACGCCACGAUAAAGAUAUCGGUGGAAGAUGCGGACGAGCCUCCGGCGUUCGUGGCGCCCAGUUACACGUUCGAGGUGGCGGAGAACGCACCCGAGGGCACCCAGGUGGGACGGGUCCACGCCAAGGACACGGACGUAGCCAACAACCCCGUCAGGUACAUGAUCCCGCUCUACACGGACAUCGAGCAGUUCUUCAGCAUCAACACGGACAACGGCAUGAUCACCACGACGCGGCCGCUGGACCGCGAGGCUCAGGCCUGGCACAACAUCUCCGUGUCGGCCACCGAGAUCGGAGGUCACCACCAAGACACCAAAGUGCGCGUCAACAUCAAAGUGAGAGACGUGAACGACAACGCCCCGGAGUUCGCCACCAACAACGAGGUCCUGAUGUGUGAGACCGUCGCCCCGGGGAAGGUCAUUGAGACGCUCAGCGCGGUGGAUAAAGACGUGAUGGCUCACCGGCAGCACUUCUCCUUCAGCUUCGCCCCCGAAGUCACGCACAACCACAACUUCUCCCUCAAAGACCACGGAGACAGCACGGCCAGCGUCUACGUGCUGCGUAAGGGCUUCAGCCGCCUGACCCAGGACGUGUACUUCCUGCCGGUGGAGAUCAGCGACAACGGCUUCCCGGCGCUGAGCAGCACGAGCACGCUGACGAUCCGCGUGUGCUCGUGCGACAGCAGAGACGUCAUCCUGUCCUGCAACGUGGAGCCCUACGUGCUGCCGGCCGGCCUCAGCACCGGGGCGCUCAUCGCCAUCCUGGCCUGCAUCGUCAUCCUGCUGGCCAUCGUGGUUUUGUUCGUGGCGCUGAGGCGUCAGAAGAAGGAGCCCCUGAUCGUGUUCGAGGAGGAGGACAUCAGGGAGAACAUCAUCACGUACGACGACGAGGGUGGCGGCGAGGAGGACACGGAGGCCUUCGACAUCGCCACGCUUCAGAACCCGGACGGCGCCAACGGCUUCCUGCCGAGGAAGGACAUCAAGCCGGAGCUCCAGUUUCCCAUCAGGCCCGGCAGCGCCGGCCACACGGGGCCCAACAGCGUCGACGUCGACGACUUCAUCAAGACCCGGAUCGCGGAGGCCGACGGCGACCCGACGGCGCCCCCGUACGACUCCAUCCAGAUCUACGGCUACGAGGGCCGGGGGUCGCUGGCCGGGUCGCUGAGCUCCCUCGAGUCCGUCACCACGGAGUCCGACCUGGACUACGACUACCUGCAGAGCUGGGGGCCCCGGUUCAAGAAGCUGGCGGACUUGUACGGGAUCAAAGACUGCUUCGUGGACGAUGACGACGACGACGAGGAGAACUCUUAACGCUGGUCUUACAGAGUAGACGCCCAGCCCCCCCAAACCCCUACCCCGCCCCCCCCACCCCCACCCCUCCGAUGUCUGAUGUAUCGAAUCAAUGAGGUUAACUGAGGGUUAACACUACCGAGAACCCAAUGGUUACCAAAUACCACCUGAUCCGUUCACGCCAGCGCGGCGACGAACCCUUGGACAAACCCUUGGUUGAACCCUUGGAUGAACCCUUGGACUAACCCUUGGUUGAACCCUUGGUUGAACCCUUGGAGGAACCCUUGGACGAACCCUUGGACAAACCCUUGGUUGAACCCUUGGAGGAACCCUUGGAUGAACCCUUGGACGAACCCUUGAACAAACCCUUGGAGGAACCCUUGGACGAACACUUGGACGAACCCUUGGACCCCCCCCCCCCCCCCCCCUCCGAAAUCUCUCCUUUCCCACCUGCUCUAUUUCUUCCCCCCCGUUCUCCGUCUACAGACUUGAGCAUCGCGGGGCUGGAGCUUCGUCACGUCAGUAAAUCGUCGCCCUGCGUGAUCCAAAAGACUCGCUUCUAGCUGACUGUUUAGUUUCUUUGGGGUUCUCUAUACCUUUUCUUUUUUUUUGUGGACUGGAUUCACGUCCUCCCGCAGAGCAGAGAGGCUUCUGGGACAGAUUGUAAACCCCCGGAAAGGUUCCCGAGCGCAGGGAGAAACCUGUUUUGAAAAAAACUAGAGAGACUAAGAGGGAGAUACGAGCUAAUUAAACGGGCGGGAUGUUGCGAAAGAUAAAUUAAAAAAGGUAACGGAAGACGUGUCGGUCGGGGUCGAACAGAUGAAACUAAAUGCUUUUUUUCUCCAAAAUGUCGCCGUUGUGUGUGUGUGUGUGUGCAGAAUUCAGCGGGUACCGUGGUUUAAAUAGCGUGACUCUGGGUUGUUGAUACUUUGAAGACGCUCGCAGCAUCUUCACAGUAUGGUGGCCUUAUAAUAAAUAAACAACAACUCCAGGGGUGAACAUUACAGAAACUAAAAAAAAAGGUGUGACCGCGAGCUCCAGUAGCUACACGCAGACGGGACUGAGUAUCUGUGACGACACACAAAUACCUUCUUUAUUUCUUUUUUUUUUACUGCUCCCAAAACGAGACUCUACGUGGAUUCAAUGGAGAGAAGAAGAAAAAAACUGUGGAUGAUACUUUGUUUCCAUUCUUCACUGAGGAGAGUAUAAAAGAAGAGCUGCCCUCCUCUAAGCCCCGCCCCCAUCAACAAUCACUUCCCAUACCGCGUCCACCAAUGAAUGAUCACUUCCUCAUCCGGAGUCCACCAAUGAUGAUCAAUCACAAUGAAGUUUAAAAAAAAUAGAAAUAAGAAAAAAACCUGUGAGCUCUAAAAAUCGCCUUAAACUUAUUGGACACUCUUUCAACUCAGUGCAUUCUUUAUUUUUAUUAAUUUUCUCCUUUUUAUUUUGUUUAUUAUUUUUUUUACUUUCGGGGAAGAAAAGUAUAUUCAAAGAAAGCAAAACUAUUCUCCGUGUUAGUUGUGUACAGAGCGGCGUGCAGAACGUGAGGAUCCGAACAGGAUGUGCAGUUUUUUCCCGGUACACGUAAAGCGGGAAAAACAAAACGUGCGUUGUGUUUUUUCCCCGCCAAAACAGCAGCUACGUGGGCGUAGCGUAGCGGCGUCUGUUGCAUCAACAUGGCGCCGCUAACGUGCACACUGGGAAAUAACACAAGGCGGGUUUUUAGAGCCACGUAUGUAUACACAGAGAGGCGUCUUUUUUUAAGCCUGUGGGGGUUCUCUUUCAAUCUUUUUUGUUAUUUUUAAAGUUAUUAUAUUAGUAUGAUUAUUAUUAUCGUUGUUGUUUUUUAUAAUUAUUAUUAUUAUCAGCAUUAUUACGAAAAUAUUUGUUCUUUUUUUGCUACACAGGAAGAAAUUCAUGUUUACGUUUUUAAACAUCGGCUUUUUGCGUUGUUUUUUUUGCCGCUCUCAUUUCCUUUUGUUUUUGUUUGUUUUUCAUGAUUUGGCGUUUCUUCGUUCUUUCUCCACUAGCGGGAAAAAAAUCUGUCCGUUGCAGCGAGAGAACGCCUCGUUUUUAUUCCGUCAAGUUUUAUGGUACCGAUUUGUACAAUUUUAAAAGUUCUUAUUUUUAGUAUACAUGCAGAAUAUUCCAGUAUUACGACAAAAAAACGUGUUAAGAAAGAUUAAGAUUUAAAAAAAAAAAAAAAAUGUUACAGCAUCACACUUAUAUUUUCUGAACAUUGUAAUGUUGCUUUACUAUGUGCUUCAAUCUCCGAAGCGAAAAAAAACAAAACUUUUAAAUAAAUGCUCUUUUUAUAAAAACGA